UGUGUCACAUGUAAAAUGCUUCUGACAGGGAAAGGACAUUAAUUGUGAUGCUUACACAGAUGAUACAUAGCGUUUUUAGACGGAUAUUCUGAUAGUGUCGAUAAUGGCUCGGGUUGUGAAAGUAUUUGUAACUCUGCGGAAUCAUUGGAAGAAGUCCACAGUCGCUGCGUGUGCCCUAUCAUACGGUGGACACUGGCUGUAUGGUAAACACUGCGAUAAUCUGCUGCGAAGAGAUGCUUGUCUGGCGGCCAGGGAAUUUGGACGUCAGCAGAUAUCACCCCAGGAACAGCUGAAGAAAGCCACAGUCAUUCUAAACCCAGCAGCUUGUAGGGGGAAAGCCAACAACUUAUUUGAGAAGAAUGCUGCGCCUAUAUUACACCUGGCUGGUAUGGAGGUAACGCUAGUAAAGACAGACUAUGAGGGCCAAGCAAAGAAAUUGAUGGAGCUGAUGGAGCAAACAGACAUGCUGAUUGUGGCUGGAGGGGAUGGCACUCUGCAGGAGGUUAUCACUGGCUUGCUGCGGAGGGCUGAUCACGAGUCGUUCAGUAAAACCCCCAUAGGAUUUAUCCCACUGGGCUCCCACAAUUCCCUGAGUGAGAGUCUGCACAUCCUCAGUGACAAUCAGGUGAAACACAUCACAUCAGCGACAUUGUCUAUCCUGCAAGGAGAAACGGUACCUCUGGAUGUGCUGCAAAUCAAGGGAGAGAAAGAACAGCCAGUGUUUGCCCUGAUUGGUCUACGGUGGGGGGCCUUCAGAGAUGUGGCUUCCACCAUCAAAAAAUAUUGGUACCUUGGCCCGUUGAAGAUAAAAGCAGCUCAUUGGUUCAGUACAUUGCGGGAAUGGCCCCAGGUUCACGAGGCCUCUGUGUCCUACAUAGCCCCGACCCUUCGCCCUCCUGACCUGCCGGAACAAAAGCCCCAGCGCCCCAACCUAAUGUACCGCAUUGCCCGCAGAUUGAAAAAUUACUGGUACCCACCUAUUCCAGAGUCUCCCAAAGUGGAGGAGCCAGAGAGGUGGGAUGAGAGAACGCUGUCUACUUUGGAGCUGUCAAUCCAAACUCAGAACAAAAACCCUGUCCAGACGCGUAUUGAUGACUCCCUGCUGGUGUGUGUGGAGCCGGACUCCUUCACUGUGGGAGAUUUUAUCACUGUUGGAGAGAAGAAAGCGGCAGACUCCACUGCAUUCACAAGACAAUCACUGAAGCUGGAGGCUAGUGCAUGUCGACUCAAUCUGCCCGAGGAAGGUGCUGGCUUCUACAACAUCGACAACGAGGAGUACGAGGCUAUGUCGGUGGAGGUGAGGCUGUUGCCACGGAAACUGCGCUUCUUCUGCAGCGCUGAACGCAGAGAGCAGCUCCUCACACAAGUCCUGUAAGGGAAGCGCUGCAGUGACAAUAUGCAGGACAAAGAGAAAUGAGGAGG